AUGGGAGCACCUACAACGUACCCGGAUAAGGAGGAGGAGGAGGAGAGGAAGAAGGUGGGUGGGGCGGGUGCAGGAGGAGGAGGAGGAGGAGGAGGGGGGUUGAGGGUGACGGACGACGUGGACCUGCUGGGGGAGAUACUGGGGCGGCUGGACGGGCGCUCCCUGGCGGCGGCCGCCUGCGUCUGCCGCGCGUGGCACGCGGCGGCCCGCAGCGACCGUGUCUGGGAGUCGCUCUGCCUCCGCCACCACGCGAUAUCCGCCUCCCCCUCCCCAGCAGCGGCCGCCCGCUCCGCCGUCGUCGCGGCGCUGGGCGGGUACCGCGCGCUCUACCGCCUCUGCGUCGGCCCCGCCCUCCACCGCCUGGCCGCCGGCCCCGACCUCUCCCCGCUCGCCCUCUCCCUCUCCCUCUCCCUCUUCUCCAUCGACCGCUACGAGCGCCUCGCCGGCGGCCCCCACCGCCCCGCCUCGCUGCUCUUCCUCUGCAACCCCAACCUCAACUCCCCCCUCGACGUCUCCUGA